GAAGACCUACACAGGACUCAACACCUGAAAAACUUGAGAUUAUAUUUUUAAAACUUUUUUCUCCCUCAGCUUUUCUGUAAUAAGUUAUAUUUCAACAGCUGGGCUCUGAUUCAACACUGGAACUUGAUUUUCUGCGCUAAAAAGUGCACAUUUCCUCUUUUUACCAACUCAUAACACUUAUUUAAACUUCUGCAAUGUUUCCAGAGGCCACCAAAGGCUACACCUAUGACGAAUGCAAGGCCACUGCUGAUUGGCUGCUGGCCCAGACUGAUGUGCGACCCACAGUGGGCAUCGUGUGCGGCUCGGGGCUCGGAGGGCUGGCUGACAUGUUGAAGGACCAGGUUGCCUUUAACUACAAGGACAUCCCAAACUUUCCACAGAGCACCGUGCACGGACAUGCUGGUCGGCUGGUGUUCGGCACCUUAAAGGGGAGGCCAUGUGUUUGCAUGCAAGGGCGCUUCCACUUGUAUGAGGGCUACCCAAUCUGGAAGAUUACACUGCCUAUACGCAUCUUCAAGCUGCUCGGCGUGGAGACGGUGAUGCUGACCAAUGCAGCCGGAGGCCUCAAUCAGGACUAUAAGGUGGGAGACGUCAUGAUCAUCAAAGACCACAUCAACAUGCCCGGAUUCGCUGGCAACAAUCCGCUGUCUGGACCCAACGAUGAGAGGUUUGGUGUGCGUUUCCCCUGCAUGUCCGAUGCCUAUGAUCGCGAGCUGCAGCAAAUGGCCAUGGACGUGGGACAGGAGCUCGGCUUCGGAGACUUCUUGAAGGAGGGCGUCUACUGCGUGCUGGGAGGACCUUCGUUCGAGACCAUUGCUGAGUGCCGUAUGCUGCACAAACUGGGCGCUGAUGCUGUCGGCAUGAGCACAGCCCACGAGGUGAUCGUCGCACGUCACUGCGGCAUGCGCGUCUUCGCCCUCUCGUUGAUCACCAACCAGGCAGUGAUGGACUACGACAGCGAGGAAAAGGCCAAUCACGAGGAGGUCCUUCAGACGGGCAAGCAGCGAGCGGAGCAGCUGGAGCGGCUGGUUUCCGCCAUGGUGACCAGGAUCGAGCACAACAACUACGCCUAAGAGACGCCAUGAUAGUCAGAAGCUAUGACGGAGACUGAAAGUGGUUUAUAUUUAAUGCUAUUCUGCCUAAGAAAAGCCCACUUAGUUUAGUAUUUGGGUGAGCAGUCGGGCUGUUUUUAGUCUUAGGUCAAAAGAUGCUAAAAGAGAAGUCCUUUCAGAAAUCUCACAUAGAUAUAUACAGAAUAUAUAUACAGAAAUACAGAACGCACACAUCGUUUGUUUUCACGUCACUGUACCUUAUGACAUCUUACAUUCCUCUACCUGACGAAAACUUUUUUUUUGUAUCAUUUUAAAUGAGAUGUAUUUGUUCUAACUUAAAACAUGUGAUCAGCUUGUAUAAAUGUCUGCAAUUUAACUUAACAAUGAGCAAAAAAUUUGCUGUAAAGAUCUUAAUAUUAUGAUGUUGUUGAAAUGUGUACAUUCGUGGACUUAAUGUAUUUUACUGUGGUUGUUUUUUUAAUAUGAAUGUUGUUACUAAAGGUACUAUUUAUUACUAUA